AUGAGUAACCAAGACAAGGAUGAACCGAAGGGGAAACCCUUGUUUCGUACGCUCACACCAAAUGAUCAGGCAGACCGUCUGCAAUACCGUUCAAUGGCCGUAUCAGCAGCUCCACCGGCAUUCGGCAUGAUUGGGUCACGCAACCCGCUCGAGCAGAUGGAUGCCGCCUUCUCUGGACCAAUGGCGCUUAACAGAGGCUCGAAAAAGUCUACUGGUAUCACGAAGGUGCCCGAGGCUGCGUCACCUUCCUUUGGCGCUCGUGUAGAUCGUACUAAGUAUGUGAACGUGACGCCGCGCGAUCUACCGCCCGCGCCAUUUCGCCUCGAGCUACAUACUCAUUUUCACAUAAAGCUUGAGUCUACGCAGCGUGUGUGUGGUAUAGUCGGAAUCAAGCUCUGUGAGCUCGACACGGACUUUGAGUUCAAGGCUGACAAAUGUAAAUGGAAGGUCGAGUACCGUCGCAAUGCGCAGCGCGUAUACUUCAAUAUCGUCUUAUUCAAGACAAGUAAGGAGGAGUACGUGCUUGAGGUGCAGCGUCGUGAGGGUGACAUCACAGCGCUCAUGUAUUUGUACCAUGAACUUAAGAGCUUGUUUCGACGCAGCCAGCUUCUCAGCGACAAGACUUCUACAACUAACGGCAUCAAGCGGGCAGCCCCAAAGCCGCUGCCGAAGCUUCCUCUGUCUCCGGAGAGCAUCCAGGAUGGAGUUUCCGCGCUUAAGGGUCUACUUGAGAGCAAGUAUGUUGACGCACAGAUGCAGGGCGUACUGGGAGCUAUCUCCAUGUCAACCAGCGAGGAGACGCGAGCAGGAAUGGCUGGACUUGUGCCUCAGCUUGUGUUGUUGGGCCAGCAUCCCAAUUCGAACGUGGCACGGUUAGUGAGCGUUGCGCUCGCACGGCUCUGCGACCACCCGCAGUGUCGCCAGGCAUUUAUUCAGUCCGACGGCUGGCAGUUCAUUGUGAACUGCGCUGCUGGUGGCUCCAACGUAAAGCCAGAAGUGCAGCGAGCGAGUCUUCAUGUGGUAGAGACUCUGUGCCCACUGUAUUAUGACGAGCUAGCCAAGUCCGACAGUGCUGGGCGCGUGCUGCAGCUUGUUCAGGAGUGGCAAAACAUCGAGGAUCCGCGUUUGAAGAAGCACGCGUGCAACGCGCACCGCGCACUGAAGGAGGCUGGUGUCCUCGCCUAA